AUGGCAUCUCAAGUUCAACCCCUAGAGCUCGUCGACAAGUGUGUCGGAUCCAGGAUAUGGGUCAUUAUGAAGGGUGACAGGGAGUUCAGCGGCACUCUGCUGGGGUUCGAUGACUACGUCAACAUCGUUUUGGAGGACGUAACGGAAUUCGGCUAUGAUGGAAAUUCGACCAAGCUCUCCAAGAUCCUGUUGAACGGCAACAACAUUUGCAUGCUCAUCCCAGGAGGAGAGGGGCCAGCAGGAGCACAGUCAUAG